GCGCGUGGGUGACCCAGCUGAUCAUAUCGCAACCGACGCACGAUGCCAGAAGGGCCGUCCUCUCGUGCGUCCUUCGGGUGGCUCUCUGCUCCUGGAACAUCGGCAACUUCAACGGCGCCAUGGAGAUCAUCGCAGGCCUCAAGUCGAACAAGCUCAAACCGUUUUGGUUAUCGAUCACCGAGAAAGAGACGCUUCCGGUGCUCGAUUUCCUGUCGGCGGCGCUCCUCUCCGUCGAGUACGAGCGUGCCUUAAGCCGUGCCCUUGGUAUGGAGGAGUGUCCGGUGGUGCCGUUCUUCGGGGCGUUCUUGAGGGAGCUGAGGGAUAUCCUUGCGACUGCUCCCGCGGACGUCCUGAACACCUCGACCUCAGCAUCCACGACCAACCCACAAGCACCUAUCAACCUAGACGGGACAGCGAGUACGGCAUCCGGACAGACGCAGCAGAAGCCGCCGACGGCGAAGACGUCCAAGCAGAGGGCUCGUCAGGAAAGGGACCAGCAGGAUCAGCAGCAUAGACAAGUGUUGAUCUCCGACUACAACGGGGAGGAUCAUCACUUCACGAAGCUCGGUCCCGGAGGUCUGAUGCACGUGGACAAGGUGUACCGAACGCAGGCUGUAAUGGAUCACAUCUCGCAGUGCCACAUGCAUUACCACUCGAGAUCGCGCAUAUCACCCACACUCACCCUCAUUGAAUAUCUCAAAUCGACGAGUUUUAAUGGAAACCGCGUUUUAGCGGCGACUCCUCCGGAGAAGGACGAGGUGGACGGAGAGUACGAGUUGGACGUGGAGGAUUAUAAGCCUGUGCAGCCUCUGGUGCACGAUCACAGCAUCGGUUACGUGUGUCUCUCGUCGCCGCUGACCAAGAUCGAUCAGCACGUCAUGCAGAUUCUGCACCAUGGUGGUACGGCGGUGGUGUGGGAAGGUGCAGACGGUCCGACCGUCGGGGCGUCCGCUGCAGGUGGUGUCCGAAGCGGUUCUCUGCUCUACGUCCGCCUGGACAGGUCAUGCAGCACCCUGACCUGGGUGAGACCAAGCUGGAGCGGCCUCCGAGCCGGCACCAAUACAACCGACUCCGAUCCCUUCUCCGCCGACUUCAACCUCUCCUACAACCCCGAGGACACCCUAGCCCCAGGUCUUCUCACCAAACUGGCUCUUCAGGCAUCCGGCGAGCAGUCAACCGGCACCACCCUCGACGAUGGUUUUCUGGACUUAAUGGCCGUGAAGGAAGUCCAUCUAGGUGGCAGAGAUGCAGAGAAGGAUUUCGAAUUGGCUGCAGUCUGCAAGAGGUACGGCCUCGUCCACGAGAUGGGCAACGAGUGCGCCCUCACCAUUCUGUACGGCUACGGUCUCAGCGACAAUCGAAUCCUCUACAUCGCCUGUCCCCCAACGAUGUGCAGGGUUUGGUACAGUGGACUUUGUUGGCUAAUCCGCGGAUUAAACAGACAGCAAACUUUAUCGGAUCGUCGACUGCAUUGGCUCAAAGAACAAUACAUGCAACUUUACCAUGAAGACGGCUACUGUUGCGGCCCUCUGGCAGCCGACGCGAUUAGGUCUUUUGGUGGACGCGACUGGUCUUUAGCAGGGAUGGCUCAAAGCAGCGGACAAACCAACGAAACAUCCGGUCUGAGACGCGAAGUAUCCAUGAAAAUUAAGAAGAAACAGUUAAUUAGUAAUCAGACUUUCAAGGAUAAAAGUUUGCGUCAGUUUGUAGAACCGCCGACGAUGUGCAUGGAGAGCAGCUACUGGAGGAAUCCGAACCAUCAUCGGCAAUCCACACCGACGACCUUCUCAGAGCAUCAGCCGGACGUGGCGAGACACCACAGUCUCGGUCAUCUCGCGAACGUUACGCAAGGUAAAUUUGAACGGGAAAGACACGGAUCCACGGAGCACCUGUGGCACGGACGUCAUCCGCGUGUCGGUUCGAUCCUGUACGACACGCAGCUGGAUUUCGUCGAUUUCGUUACGCUCUUCCGAUCCUUCAGUCUUCUGAUUCGUAAGGACCUGAGGGACCUCUUCGAGCAGCUGGCCAUCUCGUACAGAAGCAUGGCAGCGGUGAACGUUCGCGUGAACGGCGUCAAGAAUAAAAUUGAGAAGCCCAGGAAACCGCAAAAGUUGGGACUGCUGACUCGCAACUCGAAAGCGGAACUUGAGGGGAUUGUGGUGAAUACGCAGAAGAAGAUAUACGAUGCCAUUGCUGCUGCUAGCAUCUUCACGAAUUGCGCGGGCAUCGACACCAACAAUUCCCAAGUGAUUACCAUGUCCACUUUCACCAAGUUUCUCGAGACGAGGCAGAUGGAGGUGUGGUCCGAGGAGGAUGUUAAAGAGCUAAUACAAAGACACGAACCUGAUCAGGUUCUGCGAUCUCAGAACUGCCUUUCCUUCGAGGGCUUCGCUCGGUACCUCAUGGAUAAAGACAAUUACGCGUUCGUGAAUGAGCGCGAGGUUCCAGACGAUGUCGACAUGUCGCGGCCGCUGUCCACCUACUACAUAAGCUCUUCGCACAACACUUAUCUAACAGGUCACCAGCUUAAGGGCGAAUCUUCCGUAGAACUGUAUAGUCAAGUUCUUCUGACCGGUUGUCGUUGCGUGGAGCUGGAUUGCUUCGACGGUGAUGACGGCUACCCAAUGAUCUACCACGGACACACCUUCACCACCAAAAUCCCUUUCAAUGCCGUCGUCGAAGCCAUCGACAGGAAUGCCUUUGUUACAUCUCCUUACCCAGUGAUAUUAUCCAUAGAAAAUCACUGUUCUCUUCAACAACAGACCCGAAUGGCUCAUACGUUUCAACGAGUUUUUGGUGAGAAGCUAGUUUCAAAUUUCCUGUUCGAUCUGGACUUCAGCGAAGAUCCUGCGCUUCCGUCACCGCAACAAUUAAAAUACAGAAUUUUGAUUAAGAACAAGAAACUCAUCAUGGACGUGCCCACCCCUAUAAUAAAUUACACCGCGAUCUCAACACCGGUCAGGCCAGUUGCUUCGGGAGUUCGUCAUUCCGUUCCUGGACGCACGAGUUCUAUAAUCAGCAAUGCAAGCAGUUCUUCCUUCAACGAUGACUACAGCGACGAUGAAUACGAUGAUGAAGAUGAUGAAGAUAAUAUUGAUGAAAAAUCUCUUCACAUAAUGACGGAUUCGCCGAGGCAAAUGUCCAUACACACUGUGGCGAAGACGAGCUCGACGAAACGUCCGAAUCCCGAGGAUAAGCUCAAGANUCAUACAAUCAAGUUCCGCGGAUUGAACACCGUGAGUCCGAGCAGUUCCGUGAAGCAGCGACAAAGGGCUUGCAUGUCGAGUUCCGGUAGUUCGAUUGUAACGACCGCAAGCAGUUCUGCAUCGAAUAUUAGCAGUACGGUGCAAGAAUCGGAAGCGACGGUCUUCGAGACACCGGAAACUGUGCAGCAGAAGCAGCGACCCACGAACACCAAUACACCCUGUUACCAGUGCUCCUCGAUAAACGAGAACACCGCUAAAAAGUUGUGCAGGAAGCAACCGUUGGCUUUGGUCGCUCACACGCAAACACAACUCAUGCGAACUUAUCCUGCGGGGAUGCGGAUAGAUUCGUCGAAUUUCAAUCCGGUAAUAUUCUGGUCAUUCGGUAUCCAAAUGGCCGCCUUGAACUACCAGACCGAGGACAUCGCAAUGCAGCUGAACAAUGUGAUGUUCGAGACUAAUGGUCGGUGCGGCUUUGUGAGCAAACCGAGCGUUAUGUGGGAUAGGUCGCACGUCAUGUACAGACGUUUCAAUCCGUGGGACAAAGAGUUCGAUGGACUGCAUUCGUGCCAGAUCAUCAUUAACGUCGUCUCCGGUCAGUACGUGUGCCAGAGCAACGUGAAUCUGAGCACUUACGUGGAGAUCGAGAUCAUUGGCAUCCCGGUGGAUUGCAGCAAGCAGAAAACGAAGAUCAUCCAAAAGAACGCGCUGAAUCCGAUCUGGAACGACACUUUCCACUUUCGCGUCAUGUUCCACGAUUUGGCUUUCCUGCGUUUCAGCGUGAUGGACGCAACCAGUAACCAUCUUCUCGCCCAAAGGAUUCUGCCAUUGAAAUGCCUGAGACCUGGCUACAGGCAUUUGCGACUACGAAACCCCCAGAACAAGACUUUGAACAUGUCGACGCUCUUCAUAUAUUCGCGCGUCGAGGAGGAAAGCUUGGAGAACCGAGACCCGGAUCGUAACCAGGAGAAGGACCAAUCCGAUAAGAGCUUGGACAGCACUUAUUUGGGUAUAAGCGGAACUCCACUCUGCGUUAAGCGUCGCAUGUUCUUUUUGAUGGUGUACGGAGUCGUCAGCGAAGAACCUUACACCAUCCUCAAGAUUACCCAAGAGAGCACCACGCAGGACGUGCUGCUGUUAGCAUUGCAAAAGGCCAAUCAACCUGCAGAUAAAUUGAACGACUAUAUUCUUGUGGAGGAGGUGGCCAGAGGUUGGGAGAAGAAGGACCACAAUCUACCGGCCACGCAGCGAGUGCUUGACUUGCAGGAGAGACCGCUUCAAGCGCAAUCCCAAUGGAAAGGUGAAGGUCGUUUCAUCUUGAAGAAAAUGGGCGACGAUCCCAGCAGCAGAGCCUGGUUGAGCUCUAUCAGAAGCGUGGCGAACAGGGAAGCUCGCAAAUCCGACGGAGCUCCGAGCAACGCCUGGGAGGAGAACGACACCUUCCUCGUAUGCAUCUACAACGUUUCCCCGGAGAUACCGUACGCAAUAUUGAAGGUUCCUUUGAACGCUUGCGCUCAGGACGUUCUGGCGCAAGCUCUGCUGAAGGCGCGCCGCAUGGAAGACCCAGUGAAUUUCGUCAUCGUCGAGGAACUGGAAUGGGGUGGAACUAGUCACAAUUUGCAAUUUCGCGCUCUCUGCGAUGAUGAAAACGUUUACAGUGCACAAUCCCAUUGGCAAACCAUCGGGCGUUUCAUCAUGCAGGAAAGGGCGAACGCAACGCCAACGACGUUACGCAAAAAUCGCAUAACGUCGUCCCUACGUCUGGCCACGUUGGACAGGAUCAGCAGGAGCUUCAACGUCGCUCGCAACGUGGCCAGCAGCAGCAUCAAAGUUCCGGUUUCGGUUGCGCUCAGCGAUCCGACCGUAACAUCGGCGAGAUGCAAGGAGAGCCGUAAAGGCAUGAUCCGCGGUAAAGUUAAUUCAGAGAAGGAGACGGUAUCGACGGUGCAGCAGAAGAUGCACCAGACUUCGAGCAGGGAAGUCCACUCCGAAGGCGAGACUUUGAGCGACGAGGAAGCCAAAGAAUCCGAUCUGAUGGCAACCGUUUCGCGUCUCAAGAAGGUCUCCCUGCGGAAGCUCAAAGAAUGGAAGUCAUGACUAAAUGCCGAAUACUAAGAUAUCUUCACUCGAUUUAUUUUAUUCUAUGUGUUUGUUUUGUUUUUUUUUUGUUUCGAAACAAACAACUGCAACAAAAUCUAGUCACGUUAGUAAUUUUUGUGUGUUUGUGCGUGUGUAAGCGUGUUUUUUAUUGAACACUACUAUUCCGUUUCAUUUCUAUGUAUAUGAUGGAUCCAGUUUUAGUGGAUCUUCUCUUUUUUAUAUAUAUAUAUAAAAAAAUAUAAAAAAAAAAAUAAUAAUUUAUAUAAAAUGAAAUCACGGAAUUGAGGAAUUUUAACAUAUAACGACCGCAACAAGAGAAUGGUGUACAACAACUAACAGGACGAGGAAAACUUAACGUCGAAGUCGUCUUACCAUAUCAAAUUUAGUCGGAGAAGAUUUUCUUUCGAAAUUGACCACAACCUGUUUAGUACAUGACCCAAUUAUCCAAUAACCCUGUAUAUAAAAGUCAAUCUGUUCUAAUUAUUUCGUUAUAUCAACUAGUACGCGAUUUUACUUGAAGUCUAUCCUACUUAUUUCUUUGUUAUUAUUCCACGAUAUGAAUAUAAACCCCUUUCACGUUAUUAUUAUUAUAAAUAUAUAUACUAUACAUAUACCCCUCUUACUCUCUCUCUCUCUCUUUAUAAAUACAUACAUCUCAGUUAUACUUGUGUACAUAUCUUUGAAUGUUUGUAACAGCAGGAACAACUAAUUGAUAUGA